UCCUGUGACGAUGUCGAUGGUGGCGGCGGCUGCGGCCACGGCCGCGUGUCCGGGGAGGUUUUGGGGACAUCCCGAGGGUGUCCCCAAAGGGGUGGCACCGUCCCCACCUCGUCACUUCACCUUCGAACCCCUCCCGGCUCGCCCCGGCCCUUCCAGGCCUCGGCGACGGCAUCGCCGCGUUCUUUAUCCGCCCGCUGUGCGUCGCCCCCUCCCCUCCGAAGAACCCAGCGCUGCCAAACGACUCCUGGUGCUGCUCUUGGCCGUGGUGGGCACCCAAAUCUACAACGCGCCGGGGGACGUCGGCGUCACCGAUGUCACCGAGACCCCUUUGGGGACACCCAGGACCCCCCCGAUUCCAGAGGAGCCCCAAAUUCCUGCCGGGAACGCCGGGAUAUCCAACGGGACAACGCCGGUGGCGCCCGUGGGUGGCUCCUGCCCCUCUCUGUGGGUGUCACCUCCUUUGUCACCCCCCGGUGGCACCCAGGACUGGCACCACCCCCUCAUCCUGGCUUAAUUAACCUUAAUUAAUUAAGGUCGAAGAGCUCCGGGUCGGAAGGAGACACCGACGUCGGGAUUGGGAAGCCGAGCCAUCCCAGUUUGGCACUGGGAGCACUGGGAAGGGGGUGGAGCCAUGAAUUUUCCCAUCCCUUCAUUAAUUAGCUGGCUAAUUACCCUCUUAAUUAAUGACCGACUCAUUAAUUAGCCCCCAGUUGAGGCGGGAACAAACCCAGCGUUGGGAUUUGGAAGUUGGUCGAUCCCAGUUUGGCACUGGGAGCACUGGGAAGGGGCGUGGUCAGGGCGGCCUCGUUAACGAGGCUUAAUUAACGACGUCACCUCUACCUCAGCUUCAGCGCCGGUGGGUGCUGAGUUUACCAAUUAAUUAUUUAAUAAUUAAUUAUUUAUUUAUUAAUAUGUCUUUGCUAUUUAUUUGUUAUUUAUUAUUUAUU